AUGGCCCCGGCGUCGCUCAUCAUGAACCCCCCUGGGCUCAGGACGUGUGGCGGGGACCGCGCGGGGCCCGGCGCGUUGCCUUUCAGUGUCGACUCCCUCCUGGAGGCGCAGCGACGGCUGGGAGCGGAGCGCGCGGAGCCCGGGGAGGAGAGGCCACGGGGCGCCGCGGAGCCCCGGGCCUGGUUCCCGCCGGCCGCCCGCUCUUCCUCCCCACGCGCCCCCAGCCCGCUGCCCUGCGCCCUCCGGAAACACAAGAACAACCGCAAGCCGCGGACGCCGUUCACCACCGCGCAGCUGCUCGCGCUGGAGCGCAAGUUCCGCCAGAAGCAGUACCUGUCCAUCGCGGAGCGCGCCGAGUUCUCCAGCAGCCUGAGCCUCACCGAGACGCAGGUGAAGAUCUGGUUCCAGAAUCGCCGGGCCAAGGCCAAGCGGCUGCAGGAGGCCGAGCUGGAGAAGCUGAAGCUGGCGGCCAAGCCGCUGCUGCCCGCGUUCGCCCUGCCCUUCCCCCUGGGCGUCCACUUGCAAGGUUCCCCGAGCGCUCACGGCGGUGCCGCAGGGAACCCGCCGCACGCGCAGGGACUCCUCGCCGCGCCCGUCGCCGCCUACGGCGUGUACUACCUCUCCUAG